AUGUCGCUCGACGAGCUCGCCGACAAGGAGCCGUCGUCCUCCGAGGAAGUUCAGCUCGCGCCGUCCGAUUCCAAGUUCCGGGGCCUGAGCCCUGCGCCGAUUCCGAUCCCAGCUCCUCCGAGCAUCAGAUCAUUGCUCGACUCGGUUUCUGAUGAGAGAGUAAAUGUAGAUAUCGUGGCCUCACAUCAAAGUGAAAAUGGAUCCAUCUCUACAGCUAGUUCUGCUGUUUCACUAGAAUCAGAGAAGGCAGCAUAUGAAUUUCUUGCUCAAACUCCUGUCAGGUCAACUGAUGCACACCUUGUUGAGUUUUCAGAAGCUAUGAGAACUGUUGCAAAAGCCUUACGACGAGUGGCUGAAGGGAAGGCUGCUGCUCAAGCAGAGGCAGCAGAGUGGAAACGUAAGUAUGAACUAGAGACAGCGCACAAGCAGCAGAGUAAAAUCAAAGGCUACAACAGUUGUAUCAGUAAUGACUUGGACAAACUGGCCAGCCAACUGACUCUGGAGACACCUGCACCUGAUCAAUUAGGAUGUUGCGGUAGCCUGUAUAUUGUGCUCACGCCAUUGAAAGGUUUUGAAUUAUUUUUCCGCAGAUGGCUUAGGGAGCAUAAAAAUACAAACAUCUUUGUUGAACCACGUGUUAAAAAGGAACUUCUAACAGGGGAUUCCUACUACAACUUCGUCCAAACAUGGGAUGAUGAUGAGGAGAUAAAGAUGCUGCAUACGAAGGUUGAUCUAAUUGUAACUCUUGGCGGUGAUGGAACUGUUCUGUGGGCUGCAUCGUUGUUCAAAGGACCAGUUCCUCCAGUUGUUGCAUUUGCCCUGGGAUCACUGGGCUUUAUGACGCCUUUCCCAAGCGAGCAAUACCGUGAGUUGUUGGACAAUGUGCUGAACGGGCCAUUUAGCAUCACGCUGAGAAACCGAAUACAGUGUCAUGUAAUACGUGACGCGGCAAAGGAUGAAAUCGUGACUGAGGAGCCAUUCUUAGUGUUAAACGAAGUUACAAUUGACCGAGGAAUAUCAUCUUACCUUACCAACCUGGAAGUGUACUGUGACAGUUCUUUUGUUACUUGUGUACAAGGAGAUGGACUAAUCAUAUCAACCACAUCUGGAAGUACAGCAUAUUCAUUAGCAGCUGGAGGGUCCAUGGUUCAUCCUCAGGUCCCAGGGAUCCUUUUCACCCCAAUCUGUCCGCAUUCCUUGUCAUUCAGACCUUUGAUUCUGCCUGAAUACGUGACUCUCCGCGUUCAAGUGCCGUACAACAGCAGGGGGAAUGCCUGGGCAUCGUUCGAUGGCAAAGAUCGACAGCAGCUAUCGCCCGGUGACGCCCUGAUCUGCAGCAUUUCCCCUUGGCCUGUGCCCACAGCCUGCCUUGUGGACUCGACCACCGAUUUCCUCCGCAGCAUCCAUGAGGGCCUCCACUGGAACUUGAGGAAAUCCCAGUCAUUUGAUGGCCCGCGUGAUUGA